AUGGCAUGGGGAUUAAUAAAUAUUCAAAAAAACAAAAUCGCAAAGGUUUGCGAUUGCCAAAGAAUAAAGUGUUUCUUUUUUUGCAACAAUAAUCAAAUUUAUGGAAAAUUUAAAAAUGCAUCAAUUCCAAAAUCGUUCAAAUUGAAACAGAAUGCAACUGAAAAGGGUUGCAAGGGUUGCAAAGGUUGCAAAGGUUACAAAAAUUACGAAAGUUGCAAAAAUUACGAAAGUUGCAAAAAUUACGAAGGUUACAAAAUUGGGAAUAGCCACCUGAACAAUUUGAACAAAACUAAAAACGUAUAUUAUGCAAUAAGUAUGAAUUGCAGAUACAUUUCAUCAAAUAAUAAUGAGCCCACUUCAGGUGAACACUCUAUAAAUGAGCCCAGUUCAAAAGAUUCUCAACACAAUUCUACAAUAAAUUUAAUAAAAAAAAAAAAACCAAAACAAUGUGUAGAUAAAACAGAAAAUAAAAUUAGUAAAUAUUAUAAUAAAGGAACAAAUAUAUUUAAAAUUGUAAUCGAAUUUAUAAAAAAAUCUGGAUCUGUUAUUAAAGUAAUUAUUUUUCAACCAUCUAUCUUAAAAAUACAUUAUGAAAAUUUGAAAAAAAAUAUAAAACAUACAGUUGAUUGGGUUAAAACAGGAGUAUUAUUAUUUUUAACGAAUAUGAAAAUAUCCAAAAAUUUAAUAAUAAAAAGAUUAAAAGGACAUAGACUUUCUUAUUCUGAAUAUAAAUUAUUAAUAAGGACUAUAAAUGAUAUGUUUAAAUUAAUACCUUUUUCUUUUUUUGUUAUAGUUCCAUUUGCUGAAUUUUUAUUACCAGUUGUGUUAAAAAUUUAUCCAAAUUUAUUACCUUCUACAUUCAAAAAUAAUGAUGAUAAUUUUAACAAUAUUAAAAAAAAUUUAUAUGCAAAACAACAAUUAUCUAAAUUUUUACAACAAUUAAUUGAAGAAAAAGAAAAACAAUUAAAUGAAAAUAUAGGAAUAGAUUCAGAUAAAAAAAAAAAAAUUCUAAAUAAAUUUCAUCAACAAUUAAUAAAUAAAGAUGAAGAAGAUAUUAACCCAUUCUUAAAUGUUAAUGAUACAUUAAAAAUUGCAAAAAUAUUUAAAGAAGAAUUUAUAUUAGAUAAAAUGAAUUUAAAAACGUUACAAACUAUUUGCCAUUUAUUAGGUCUAAAACCAUAUAGUAUACAUUAUCAUGUUGUUUUGCAAUUACGACAUCAUUUUUUACGUCUGCAAAGAGAAGAUAGAGAAUUAAUAUAUGAAGGUGUAGAUAAUUUAAAAAAAAACACACUUAUCGAAAUAUGUAAAGAUAGAGGAAUGAAUUUUAACACAAACGAAAAUGAAAUGAAAUUACAAGUCAAAAAAUGGCUUGAAUUAGCAAGCAUAAAAGAAAUACCUUACAUUCUUUUGUUAUAUAUAAGAUGUGUAGUUGUGACUCAUGCUAUAAUGGAUAUAAAAAAUGAAAAUGAUAAACAAAAUAUUUCUAAAUUUAAAAAUGAGAAUGAAAAUGUAAAAGAUCAAAAUGGAAAAGAUAAAACUAUAGAUGAUAAACAAAAGUUAAUUCAAGAAGCUAAAGAAAAAUUAGUUGAUCUUAAAAUGAAAGAAAAAGAAAUAAAAAAAAAUAUAAAUAAAGAAACAAAUGAAGAUAAUAUUAUUCAACACAAAGAAAUGAAAACUAAUAUCAAUUUUAUCAAAAAAAAAAACAAAUACAUGCAAAACGAGCUGGCCCUACUCAACCAGAUCUGCAACCUCCAGCACAGAGAACUCCAACUUGCGUUUACCUCCCUAACCGACCUUGCUGAGAAAAAAGGGAAAUGCGACAUUAAUGAAAUAAUCAAAACAUUAUCACAGGGCUUGGUAGAUAUUGAAAAACACAUAAAUGAAUUAAAUGCCCACAAACAAAUAGAAAUGGAUGAAUAUUUCUACCCUGAAGAAGAACAGUCCGAUGAUGUUGUGGACAUAAAGAAUUGA